AUGGCCUCUAUGGCCACCAAGGCAUUCGCCCUCCUCGCCCUCUCGACGCUCGCCCUCGCCCAGGAUGAGCCCAAGGGCGACGGCUACUUCGGCUACGACCUGAACCGCCGCGGCGACAAUGAGUCGGCCGUCUACGAGACGGCCAACACCAAGACGGGCAUCGACACGCUUAACCCGAUUCCGGACGUGUACCUCAACGCGUCCGUGUCGGUGGGCGAGAUCAGCAUCGAGGUGCAGAACAUCACGGCCAAGGUCAACCUGGACGCCAAGGUGCUGAACCUGCUUCACUUCCAGGCGGGCGUCGACGCGCGCAUCGACCGCGUCAAGCUGGGCAUCUACAACGUCUCGGCCAAGGUCGAGCUCGAGGCGCGCCUGGAGAACGUCGUCAAGAUGGUGGACGACGUGCUCACGAGCAUCGACCUGAACCCCAUCAUCGCCACGCUCGGCGACACCGUCGGCGACAUCGUCAACAAGACCACCGACGUCGUCGCCGACCCCGCCGAGGACGCCGCCGGCUCGCUCGCGAAGCGCGACCUGACCUACCGCCUCGAGAACAACAUCCUCUACUCGGUCAACGACUUCUCCGGCCGGACGCACACGAACCGCGUGCUGGCGCAGAACGGCUCGCUCUACGACGUCUACCUCGACAAUAACGGCGACGAGAGCGGCAGGCGGGUCGUCGGCUACUACAGCCGCGACAUGACCUUCACCGGCCACAACAAGACCGUCACGGUCGACGGCCGGGUCAAAGAGUUUGAGCUGCAAUACCUGUACGCGCCCUACCCCGGCCUGGAGGCCUUCAGCAACAUCUACGUGGACACCACGGGCAGGGUCGCAAGGACCAAGAUCGUGGCCGAGGCCGAGGGCGGGGGCACGGCGACGGUGAGCAACGACAACGGUAACGACUGGUAG